AUUUGAGCCGCGAGGGAAAUCGGAAGAGCUUCAAUCGAAUCAUUGAUCAUCUGAGGAAAACUGUCCAAAGAAACGACGAAAUGUCCCGUUCAGACGCACAGAAGUUGAGUGCAGAGUUUAUGACCGAUGCUGAAAAAGAAACAGAGACAGACAGACUUGUGAGAAAAAGCAAACAGCAACCUUUCAUUCCAAUCGGAAUUGCUGGAACAGUGGCUGCUUGUGUAUGGGGUGCAAUCGCAUACAAGAAUAGAGGACCUGCUAUGACCACCAGUAGAUAUCUAAUGAGAUUACGAGUAAUUGCACAGAGUUGUGUAGUGGGUUCAAUUAUUGCUGGAAUUGGAGUAACAGCACUGCAGGAAAAACUUGAAGCAAAGGCAGCCGAAAAGAAGGAGUGAUAGCAGAAGCAACAUUGCUUUAGACAGACUGUUGGUAGACUGAAUUGUUUUUGGGUUAAUUAGUCAAAUGCAGGAAUUCUGUAACAUUGUGUACAUAAUGCCUUAAAGCCAUGCUGUGAAGUGAAGUUAUGGAGGAAGCGGGGUAACAGAUGGAUACGCAGUAUUCAAUGCCUGGAAUCAGUGGAAAAGUUGCAAAUAUUUGGUACAUUUAGAAGAAAACUGCCAGAAUUUUGUUCUAGCCUAUAACAAAUUACAACAUCUUAUAAUGUUAUGUAUAUAAAAUGUUUCAACAUCAUUUGUGAAUAUUUAAUUUUUGAGUGGCAUUAGUGUCAAUUCUGAAGAGACUGAUGGCCAUAACCAGUUCACUAAGUCAUAUCUUAAGUUUACAACUUUUUUGUUUUGCAAUACAGUAGAAGACACAAGUAACAUUUUUAUGUUGUUGGGUAGCCAGCUUAAUGAUCUCUGAAUGUCUUGUUUGUUUUUUCUUUUUAUACUGAAUCACUUGAAACUGCAAGUUUUUGAGAAAAAUGAUUUUUAUUGAGAUUAUGUAAUGUACGUUUUAACCAUUAAAAAGGUUUACAAGUUUCAUUUUUUA